UCAAAGGUAGGUGUCGGUGGCCAAUGAGGUCGACUCGUCGCUGCCAAUGCGCCGUCUCGACUUCAAGGCACCACGCGCUCGGUCAAAGCCGCUCGCUGCAGCCGUGACACGACAAGGUGGAAAUGACCACAAUGCACUGUCUUGAAGAAUACGUAUGUGUAUAUCUGCGCGGUUACCAAUGAGGGGCACAGCAGUGAGCCAGACGAGUGGCAGCCCCAACCAGAUGGCGUGUCGAUAGACCACGCAUUUGUCACCCACGUAAGGCCUCAGCAGACACUCCCACACCUGAUAGCUUUGCGCGAUGCCGCCAUCCCAGGCGAAGAAGCUGCCGAGCAGCGAGGAUAUCUGGUCGCCCCAGAUGGACGACUUGUCAAACGCGAGAAAGGCCAAACCGCACACCUGCACACACACACCCCACCAGCAACAACAGAGGUGAUGAGAGGCGAGUGCGUGUUCUUCUGCAUCUCUCAACGUACAGCGGUGAUGUGCGAGAGUUCGAUUUUGGUCAAUUGAGAGGGCACCUCAGCGCGCAGAGACGAAGCCGCCCUGCACAGACAGACAGACACACACACACACACAAGCAACACGAAAAGCGAUCGAGUUAAAGCCUUGGAUGGAAGAUGGACCUCUCGGCGAGUAGGGUGAGUAUGAAGAUGGCCAUAAGAGUGGCGACCACGAGCAGCACAUUGACCAGCACAAUCUGCCAUCUGCGCACGCACGUGUGGACUUGGAGUGUGCGUAUCUCAUGAAUAUCUCUGUGCGCACACCUGCGCACGCAC